AUGUCCUGUCUGUCGUCACCUCUCGGUGACCCAACACGAUCAAUGACUUCUCGACCAAAGUUGACGUUACAAACAACGUCGCUCCCACGCACCUUUGGGAGCUCCUCCACCGGACUCUCUCUCUCCCUGGCGGCUGGUUCAACUGCCUCGCCGACCGUCCGCAACACCUUCAAAAAUGCCUACGACGUCACUUCUCCGACUUCCACCAGCAACUCUCCCUCAACCACGGCCCCGCCGAGCCUCCGAUUAAAUUGCGCCAAACCGGCAUCUCCUUACAUUCACCAUGCACACAGCCAUACAACGAGCUUCUUCCACCGCAGCAAUCCAUAUCAACUACCCUUGGGUGUGCGCAGCAUCCUGCGCAACUCCCCCCUCGAGCCAACUGCCCGGCGCCGGUCGGGAUCCAUAUCUGCAGGUGCCAGUGGACCCGGCGGCGCAGGCGCACGCCGGGUCUUCUUCCCGGCCAAGAAGCAAGUGAGCUAUCGCAAUCCACUGGAGGAAGAAAUUCGGACCGUGCGCUACACGGCCCAGCAUUUUGAUCUAUUCGAAGAAGGCCCGCUCCCGGGGGCGGUGCACAAUAAGGCAGCAUCGCAAUCGGCUGACUCCACGUCCGAGUCCCCAGAGGAGGAGGAUUCAGACGCAGCCAGCGUUCAGUCUGGCUCAGAGACCGGCAGUGCUUCAAAAGAUGAUGUCGGCGCGAAUCGUCCAGUCGCGGCUCAACCCUCUACGGCACUGUCAAGGAUGGAGCGUAAGAAGCGUCGAACACUACGUGCAGAGCGACAAGUUCGCGCGGUCGCACUGUUAGAUGAUCUUGAUCCCAUCCGCUCCGACGCCUCUACACCGCAAACACCACGACAGGGUCGUGCCAAACGACGACGGGAGUGGCGAUGGACUUUGGGACCUCUUAAGUCUUCGUCGAACGAAGGUCACGUGGAAUUAUCCGCGGCGACAUCAACAACGCAGCCUCCGAAUUUCCCAUCUGAGACACUCUCCCGUGGGUGA